AUGGAAGUGGGUUUGUAUGGAAAGCGCAACACUGAUCCUCUUAACCUUCGUUUGCUAAGGCCAGAAGAAAGUUGGGAGUUAUUAGAGAAAAGGGCAUUUGGAAACAAGAGUUGCCCUGAUGAACUAUUGGAUGUUGGAAAAGAAAUCGCCCAAAAUUGUAAGGGACUUCCUUUGGUUGUUGAUCUGAUUGCUGGAGUCAUUGCAGGUAGGGAAAAGACAAAGUCUGUAUGGCUUGAAAUUCGAAAUAAUUUGAAUUCCUUUAUUUUGAAUAGUGAAGUUUAUGUGAUGAAAGUUAUGAAAUUAAGUUAUGACCAUUUACCUCUUCAACUAAAGCCAUGCUUUCUCUACCUUGCGAGGUAUCCGAAGGACAAUGCAGUGGAUAGAGAUUGGUUGAAAAUGUUUUGGUGUGCUGAAGGGCUUGUUGAACAGACAGAGCUGAAGAGUUUGGAAGAAGUGAUGGAAAUUUAUUUGGAUAAUUUAAUUUCCAGUAGCUUGGUAAUUGCUUUCAAUGAGAUAGGUAAUUACCCGACUUGCCAACUACAUGAUCUUGUGCAUGACUUUUGUUUGAUAAAAGCAAAAGAGGAAAGGUUGUUUGAGAAGGUAAGUUCAAGUGAUCUAUCUUCUUCUUCAGAUUUGAUGCCGCAUAUAGUGACCAUUUAUUAUGAUAAGGAGCACUUUGAAUAUAACAAUUUCGUCCUGCUCGAUUCAAAAAUGAAAAGGCAGUAUGGUAAACACCUCUAUUCUUUGGUGAUAACUGGAGACGAGAUGGAAGAUCGUCUUUCUGAUGCAUGUCACCUAAGAGACUUGAGGCUUCUUAGAGUGUUGUACCUGAAGCCAUCUUUUAUGAUGGUGAAAGAGUCUUUGCUGAAUGAAAUAGGCAUGUUGAAUCAUUUGAGGUUCUUAAGCAUUGGGACAGAAGUUAAAGCUCUGCCUUUAUCUUUCUCAAACCUUUGGAAUCUAGAAACCCUAUGGGUUAAAAACAAAGGAUCAACCUUGGUACUAUUACCUAGUAUUUGGGAUCUUGUAAAGUUGCGAGUGCUGUCCAUUGAUGAUUGUUCUUUCUUUGACUUGGAUACUGUUGAAUCAAUACUGAUAACUGAGGACUCACAGUUAGAGAACUUGAGAGAAUUAGGGAAACUCGUGCUUUCCUAUUCAAAAGAAACAGAGGAUAUUUUCAAAAGGUUCCCCAAUCUUCAAGAGCUUUCAUUUGUUCUCAAGGAAUCAUGGGAUUACUCAACAGAGCGAUAUUGGUCCCCGAAAUUUGAUUUCCUAACUGAACUAGAACACCUCACAGUAGAUUUUAAAAGUUCAAAUUCCAAUGACAGUGGGGCCUCUGUAGCGACAAAUCGGUCGUGGGAUUUUCACUUCCCUUCCAAUUUGAAAACAUUGUUGUUGUAUGACUUUCCUCUGGCAUCCGAUUCACUAUCAACAAUAGCGAAACUGCCCAAUCUUGAAGAGUUGUUCCUUAGGAGAACAAUCAUCCAUGGGGAGGAAUGGAACAUGAGGGAGGAAGACACCUUUGAGAAUCUCAAAUAUUUGAACUUGACUGAAGUGACUCUUGCUAAGUGGGAAGUUGGAGAGGAAUCCUUUCCUGUGAUUGAGAAAUUAGUACUGCGGAAAUGUCAUAUGCUUAAGGAGAUUCCACCUAGUUUCGGUGAUAUUUGUUCGUUGAAAAUCAUCAAACUUGUAGAGAGCCCUCAUGUUGAAGAUUCUGCUAAGAAGAUUAAACAAUAUGUUGAAGAUAUGGGAGGGGACGAGCUUCAG